UACUUAACCUGCAAAAACCCCUUUUACCAAGUUUGUUUUUUUAUCAAAUUAAAGCUCCAUUUUUUCUUAAUUUUUAACUAAUUAGUUGCAUUUUUGUCCUAAUUUGCUCUUAAUUGAUGUUAAUAAUAGUGAAAAGUGAAGCUUUGGUGCAACUUAAAGUUAUCAGAUCACGAGUUCGAGCUGUGGAAUGAGUGUGGACUACUCUCUUGCAUGUGCUUUUGAUAUUUUUGAAGUCCCCGAUUCUUCAAAUUAAGGAGAUUCUUCGUAGCUCAGUUGUUUGCUUUUCCUCGGAGAAUAAGGAGUACAAGAUAAUCUAAUAAGGAGUACAAGAUUAUAGGAACUUUUCAGAAACUUAGUUCUUAUACCAUGCCCAUAUUUUCCGAUAUACAAGAAACCGAAUUAAGUGGCACAAAAGAAGUUUUCCUGUCUGCCAUCCGCUAUGCCACUUCAACUGGUGAUUCAUUCCCUCAAUUCGAGGAUGAUCUAAGAGCGUCAGCUCAAGAACAGGUUGAGUUCAUGCUCGAGGACGAUGAAAAGAUUCCCUUGGUCAUAGCUGAUGAUGAAAUAAAAGUGGAGACUAGAAUUGUGGUGUCUAAAAUCUUUUCUUCUUUUGAAAAUGAAUUAUUCUCGUUGAUUUUGGAGCCUGACAUUGCGAACAUGGAGAUGGAAAAGAAUAUAAUGCGGAGUCUAUCUGACCUCGAAUGGAUGCAUAACACUCUUUUGAAGAUGGAUCUCAUGAAGGACUUUGUCACUCACUGGUCUAAUAUAUCGAGCAAUUUACUGAAGGUCAUCGAAGAUAAAAGACUUGAUUCUGUCAUGUGGGAUUUGAAGAUAAAGUUAAUAGAAGUGACAUCAAAAGUAUUGGAAGCAGUAGGUUACGGAACUGUAGUUCUUCCAGCAGGAAGUCGAGUAGAAUUGCUCAAGACAUGGCUUCCAUACAUAAGAAAAAUGAAGUCCCUUUCCGAUGAAAUGAGCACAAUGGAGGCUGCAUUUCCAUACAAGAUGAGCGAUGACCUUUGCCAAUGUGUCGAGGGAGCAAUAGUUUCAUUGGUUUCAGCAUUACCGUCAAAUGAUCAAGCUGACAUUCUAGCAGAUUGGAUAAGUGCUGAACAGGUUAAAUAUCCAGACCUUAGCGAGGCUUUUGAGAUAUGGUGUUACAGAACCAAGUCUGCACAACGAAGAUUAGACGAGGCUUUGACAGAGUCAGCAAUGCCAAUGCCAGUGCCAUUGUCACCCUCUACUUAAUUUCUAAAGAUGAAAUAUCGCCUCAUAAACAUCUGUGACUAUUGCUGGUUCUCGUAGUAGCGUGCUCAACAUAUUCCCUGGUGAGUUGGCUCUUCGAGAAAAUAUGAUGUUCUUGUAUCUAUAGUAAUUUGAUGUGUAAUUGUAACCUUCUUAUGUAGUUGUAAUUGGAAACUUCUUUCAUAUACUAGACAUCUAAAGAUAAGAAAUGAUUUAUUUCUCCUCUGA